UUCGCGAAUUAUGAAAAUAGCUCAACGAAAUCAUGAGUGGUUGUCCUGUUAGCUGUUCAAUUAUCAAUUCUAAGAUGGCGAAUAAUUUAGUAUGUGUAUGCACUUUUCUUUUGUUGAAAUGGAUUUCGGAAAUAUAGACUGUUUAAAAAGGUGCAAACUUAGUUAACGAUUGGUUAAUCCAUCGAAGGGAUUUCAUUAGUUACUCAAGAAGUAAAAAUAAGGAUGCGUGAGUUUAAAGUUGUAGUCCUGGGAUCGGGUGGGGUUGGAAAAAGUGCUUUGACUGUGCAGUUUGUGUCCGGAUGUUUUAUGGAAAAAUAUGAUCCUACCAUUGAAGAUUUCUAUCGAAAAGAGAUCGAAGUGGAUAAUUCUCCCUGUGUUCUGGAAAUAUUGGACACUGCUGGUACAGAACAGUUUGCCAGUAUGAGGGACCUCUACAUAAAGAAUGGACAAGGUUUUGUAGUUGUUUAUAGUUUGACAAAUCACCAAACAUUUCAGGAUAUCCGUCCUAUGAAAGAACUUAUAACAAGGGUGAAAGGAACUGAAAGGGUUCCAAUCCUUUUAGUUGCAAAUAAAGUUGAUCUUGAACACCAGAGAGAAGUGGAAUUUGAAGAAGGAAAAUCUCUCUCCCAGCAGUGGGGCUGUCCAUUUAUAGAAGCAAGUGCAAAAAACAGAACCAAUGUUAAUGAAAUGUUUGCAGAAAUAGUCAGGGAAAUGAAUUUUAGUCCUGAGAAGGAAAAGAAAAGCUAUUGCUGCUGUACAGUACUUUAAACUUAAUGGCCUCAUUACUUUUAUAGCUUGGGAUCAAAAUGGGGAUAUUACAACACAACCAUUACAACUGUGACAUGAACAUUUGUAAUCUGGUAAGGGAUUUGGUAUGGUAUAUGAUUUGAAUUGUGAAUGCUCAUUUAAUGGCUUAGUCUACAUAAUAUCUAUUUUUUAUACAGUAAAAACUUGACAUGUGGUAAAAUUAACCAUGUAUUCCCGAGUUAAAAACAAACCAUCAUAAUCUAGUACAUAUAGUGCCUGAAACCUAAUUAAUUGACUGCAGAUUUUUCUUUAAAUAUGGAGAAUAUAGAGAAUAAUAUCGGCCUAACUAUUAAUGAAGAUUAAGCAGCAAAAAGAUCUGACUACCCAUGCCAUUAGGAUAAAUAUGUUCAAUUUAUUUGUCAUGGUUUUGCUGUUAUAACAACACCAGUGAGCUCAUUUUAUAGUGAAGUACUGCUACUUAGUAAUGUACAGUUUAGUCCAGUGUUGUACCAUAAAAACUGAUAUAUAGAUUAUAACUAAAGUGUGUGAUGUGUGCCUGAGACCAGACACUGUAAAAUAAUUCAUGUUUUGUAAGUACAUUUUAACCUGAUGGUAGUAUGUGUGUUCUGAGAGCCAAAAAGGAUUUGUGAUAUAUAUAAUAUACAUACCUACACAUUAUAAUAAAAAGGAUGUGAAUCUACUUGUUUCACUUAUACUACAGUUUGCAUUUUAUUAAAGGUCCUUUUACAGUUA